AUGGUGAGAGCAACUCCAACUUAUUACUUCAGCAAACUUCUCUAUGACGUGAAGCUGCAAAUAUUGAUUCGAGUUCCAACGGAGUCUCUUCUCGACUGUAAAUUGGUGUGCAAAUCGUGGAAUUCGAUUAUUCAUUCUGGAUCAUUCUCUAGAUUUCAUUUACAUCAUCUGAUCAAGUCUGAUUCUGGUAAGUUUGGUUUUCUUGCCUACUCUGGUUACGCUUUCAAUUAUGGAGAAUAUGAUGAUAAUGAAUCUACUUCUACUCAAAGAAAACUUGACUUGAGACCUCCUUUCAAUAAUGGAAUAGUUUUUGGUUCUUGCAAUGGUCUCAUCUGCUUAUGUAGAAAUCCUUCUCUUUAUAUCUGUAAUCCUGUCAUUAGAAAGAGGAUUCUCCUUCCUGAAAUUAGGAAACCAUAUAUUGAUGCAGAUCAACACUUGGAUUGGAUUUCUGGUUUUGGUCAUGUUUCUUCUACAGAUGAAUACAAGGUUUUUGGGAUACAUGUUCUGCAGAAUGAAUUUCUUGUCAUUCACAUAUACACUCUGGGUAGAGACACUGGUUGGAGAAACAUUGGAGAGUUCAGUGCUGAUUUGAGACCACACUUGGAACGAAUCAGCUACGAAUGUGAAGGAAAUGAGUUUUACGAUAUAUGGCGCCUAGAAAAGAAGGCCAUAAAAUGUCAACAAGAUCGGUCAUGGAAGCAUAUCUUUACUGUACAACAAAAUACAUUACUAGCCAUAACAAAGGGUGGCAAAGUUUUAACUCAAAUUAAUGGGGAUAUAUACCUUUACAACCCGAUUUCGUCCACAUCAAAAAGGGUUGUGAAGUUUGAAGAGUUGAAUAGUGACAUAUGCCCACACAAGAAUACCUUAAUAUCCUUCAAAGAAUUAGGGGAAGAAGAUCCAGAGACUAUACAGUCCAAGAUGGUAAGCGAUGAGCAGCCAGAAGAUGUUGGUGCACUUGGUAACGUGAACAACAGUUAA